GGGGAUUCAGUUACCGGUUUCUCUUGAUUCUUUUCGUCUUCCUUUGCACUCUCGUAUACACCGUCGACCUUGCCCCGGAACACUGCUCGGGGCGGGACGCAGACCGGUUUCUGCUCGAGCCUUCGUCACGGGCGAGCCGGCCAACCGACUCAUCCACAGGGCCAGACGCCUCCGACUCGUCUAGGCCUCCAUAGUGGCUGAUCGGAGCUAAACCGGGUCAGGCCCAGCGAUACCGUAACGGGUAUUAAGUAAUUACACGGGCCUUUCACAGUGUCCAGUCCAGUGUCCACUCUUUUAGUUUCGCCCCCCCAAAAGUCGAGGGACCCACCACUGCCUAGUGAGGGCGUGUCUGGCCUUUUCUCGAGCGACUAGCACAAGCAACAGCAACCAAGCAACAAGCGAGGGCAUGGACUGGACCCUGAAGAAGGACGAGUGACAUCGUACAGACCCUGUGGGAGGGUUCAGGAUGUCCUCGUUCGGGAAGGCAGCAGUCAAGUUAUUUCAACCGGGACGAGCUGAAUGCUUGGGUGGCAGACUGGGUGCCGGUCGGGGUCUGGUCUGGUCCUCCCGCCCGCACUCGGUACUGCACUUACACUGCCCCUCGUAUUACACGGAUCAGCAUCACUUAUACCAUCCUGUUCGAGGCUUGUUUGCUACCAGCUGCUAUGUACAGAUAGCUGUAUCGUUCUUCAUCCUCAUGGUGAGUUUCGGCAGAUGCCAGACCUCCCAGAAGGAAAAGUCGGAAGAUAGUCCCUGAUCAAAUCACGAUGGGGCCGUCGGAUGAAAAAAUCUGUGCUCAAUAAGGUGGGUAGCGUAUAAAUAGCCUGAAUGAUCAAUGAUGGUGCUAGCAUCUUCG